AUGUCGCACGCAAUGAAUGAUGAUGAGGUCAACACGGAGCUGAAGAAGAUGGUGGAGUUCAUCCGCCAGGAGGCUCAAGAGAAGGCGCGUGAGAUCCAGGUCAAGGCCGACGAGGAGUUUGCCAUUGAGAAGGCCAAGAUUGUGCAGCAAGAGACCCAUAACCUCGACGCCCAGUUCGACAAGAAGAAGAAGCAGGUGGAGAUUGAGCAGAAGAUUGCCAAGUCCAACCAGAGCAACAAGGCGCGCCUCGAGGUGCUCAAGCUGCGCGAAGAGAGCCUGCAGGGCCUCUUUGAGUCUGCGCGAGAGCGUCUUACGGAGCUGACCAAGGACAGCAAGAAGUACAAGGCGCUUCUGGAGGAGCUCCUCCUCCAGGGCCUCUUUGACCUCCACGAGACCUCGGUCGAGGUUAUUGCGCGCUCCGGCGAUGUGCAGCUCGUCCAGGAGGUGAGCGACUCGGCGAUCAAGCGCUACACGGACGAGACCGGCCGCAAGGCCAACAUCAACGUCAAGGAGGGUCUCUCGAAGGACUCGGCCGGCGGCCUGAUCCUCACCGGCCUCAACGGCCGCAUCCAGCUGAACAACACGCUGGAGGAGCGUCUGCACCUGCUGGAAGACAAGAUGCUCCCCGAGCUGCGCCUCGACUUGUUCGGCCCGAACAAGGACCGCAAGUUCCUGUCGUAA